CGAGAGCGAGCCAGAGAGCAGGGAGACAGGGAAGAGACGGAGCGACAGACACUGUGAAUAAUAGUGACCACCAAACGUCACAAUUUUCUCUUCAAUUUCACCUCAAACCCCGUCGGCGCUUGGAUGAAACAAAACCUAUCGAUCUGUCAGUGUUACACCUGGAUCCACUGACCAGCUAAUAGCAGGCAUGUCCCGAAGGAAACAGAGCAACCCACGGCAAAUCAAACGUCCUCUGGACGAUGGCCUUGAAGAGGAGGAAGAGGAGUGUGUGUCCGAGGAGAGCGAGCUGGUGGCCAAAGAGGAGUUCUCCACGGAAGAGGGCUUCGGCGGCGACUUUGAGCCCGAGAACCUGAGCUGUGAGGGCAUGGACUACUUCUGUAACAAAGGAGAAGAGGAGGGGAGCAGGGAAGUGGGGGAGUCAGACAUGGACACGUCCACUGAGAAGACCCGACAUCCCCCGCCAGAGUCUGAAGAAUGGGAUGGACCAAGGGAGCUGGACGUCUUCCACAAGGACGGCGAGCGGCGCGUUCACACUCGCCAGCAGCUGCCCGUCGGCACCACAUGGGGACCCUUCGAAGGCAAGAUCGAGACGAGCAGCGACGGAGGGAGCUUGAAGAGCAAGAGCUCGGUCCCGUUGGUGCUCAACGCCGGCCCCAGGUGGCUGCUGGAUGUGACUUGGCAGGGAGCGGAGGACAACAAAAACAACUGCGUGGUGUACAGCAAAGGCGGUCAGCUAUGGUGCACCACCACCAAGAACCUGAUGGAGGGUGAGGAGAUGGUGGCGUUCGUGGUGGACUUUGACUCGCGGCUGCAGGCGGUCGGCCACAUGUCCAUGAGCGAGGGCAUGUACCCAGCCAGGCUGCUCGACAGCAUCCAGCUGCUGCCCCAGCAGGCCGCCAUGGCCUCCAUACUGCCCACCGCCAUCGUCAACAAGGAUAUCUUCCCCUGUAAGGCGUGCGGCAUCUGGUUCCGGAGCGAGAGGAACCUGCAGGCUCACCUGAUGUACUACUGCAGCGGGCGCCUGAGGGAGCUAGAGAGCGUGGCCGAGGACACCGAGACCAACCACCACCAGCAGCAGCCGCCCAGCACCUGCCCCUUCCCACAAUGCAACAAGAGCUUCACCAGCCCCCGGGCCCUGGAGAUGCACUUAAGCACACACAGCGGCGUCAAAAUGGAGGAGACUCUCCCCCCUGGCACCAGCCUGAAAUGCACAAUCUGCAGCUACACGGCGGAUUCGCUGCUCACAUUCCAGCACCACAUCCUCUCGCACCUGUCACAGGCGGCCUUCCGAUGCAAUCACUGCCACAUCAGCUUCCAGAACCACCGGGAGCUGCUGCAGCAUCAGGACUUGCACGGGCACUCGGGGAAGCUCCGGCGCGACAACGACGGCAGCGAGCACUCCCCGCGGAACGCCGCAGACGACGCCCUGCAGCAGGUCCGGGCGGAGCUGUCCGGCAGGAAGGACGUGGUCCUCCCGAGCCCCAAGGGCGGGGUGGUGCCGCCGUCGCUGCCGCUGGGGAAAGACGGCAGCCCGGACGCCGGAGAGCUGGAGCGGCCCGAGAAGAAGCCGGCUCUGGCCAUGCAGAAGCCCGACGGGCAUCCGGUGAGCAAGGCCAGCUUCUCCUACACCCGCAUCAAGUCCGAGCCGUCCAGUCCCCGCCUGGCCUCCUCGCCCGUGCAGCACAGCAUGGGCCCCAGCUUUCCCAUGGGGCCCUUCCUGUCCCAGUUCGCCUUCUCGCAGGACAUCUCCGUGGUCCCGCAGGCGUCGGAGAUCCUGGCCAAGAUGUCCGAGCUGGUCCAUCGGCGCCUGCGCCACGGGGGCAACAGCUACCCGCCGGUCAUCUACAGCCCGCUCAUGCCCAAGGGCGCCACCUGCUUCGAGUGCAACAUCACCUUCAACAACCUGGACAACUACCUGGUCCACAAGAAGCACUACUGCAACAGCCGCUGGCAACACAUGACCAAGUCGCCCGACUUCUCGGGGAUCACAGAGAAGGCCGUGCAGGACUCGGUGAGCCCAAACAGCGGGCACAGCGCCGUGGGCAUGCUCCCAGGAUGCCACCCCCCGGAGACAGAUAACAACCUCCUGCCAUCAGCCGUCCUCAACUCCUCGGUGUUGGACAUGAUUAAUGCCGGGGGAAAAGGGCCCGAGAAGGACCUCGCCGGUCAGGUGAAAAAGGUUGCCACGCCAACUGGCGGUGGGGAGGAACGUCUGAACGGGAAACAGCCGGAGGUGAAGAGCCCUGGCACGGGUCUGGGCGAGGUGGAUCCCAACGAUCCCAACAAAACGACGUGCGAGGCCUGCAACAUCACCUUCAGCCGCCACGAGACCUUCAUGGUGCACAAGCAAUACUACUGCGCCACGCGCCACGACCCGCCCAUGAAGCGCAUGUCCAGCAACAAGGUGCCCGCCAUGCAGAGGACCAUGAGGACGCGCAAGCGCAGGAAGAUGUACGAGAUGUGCCUCCCGGACCAGGAGCAGAGGCCCCCCAUGGGGCCACACCAGCCGGGGUUCUUGGGAGUCCCUCCCCUGGGCAAUCCCUGCACCUCCCAGGAAGCCGUGGAGAGCCUCGCAGAUCGAUUCCACCCCCGCUGCGACAUCUUCCCCGGCAUGGUGCCCAAGCACCUGGAGGCCUCGCUCACCGUCAGCAAGUCCAUCCUCGGGCCCAAGUGCAACACUGUUGAUUCGCACGAGCUGGAUGCCCCAAUCGAUCUCAGCAAAAAGUGCUCGCCACUCCCUGACAAGUCGAGCAACUCGCCCAAAAGACUCUUGGACUACCAUGAAUGUACCGUGUGCAAGAUCAGCUUCAACAAGGUGGAGAACUACCUGGCCCACAAACAGAACUUUUGCCCUGUGACGGCGUCGCAACACGACAUUGGGCCUCUCAAACCUCCCCCCGUGUUCCCCGAAGUAAAAAACGAAGGUGUCAAUCCCGUGGACGCCUACGACAAGAACCCUGUCAAGUGUGAGAAAAAUGGCGGCGGGGACCUGAUGGUGCCAAACGGCAGCCUGUAUCCCACCCACCACCUUGGCCCGGCGCCGGCGCUGAAGGCCUUCCCCGACCAACACCUCGGGCCCAACGGCGAUGAGGGCAAGAACAUGUUCCUGACCCACUGCCUUUACCCCGGAGCAAUAAAGAAGGUGAAGGGCAGUGAGCAAAUCUCACCGCCCUACUUCGGGAUGAAGCCUGGCGACUUCCUGAGUGGCGGCCUACUGACGCCGAGCGAGGCGAGCGAGCAGGAGCAGUCUGCAGCGAACGGCACCCCCGAAGCGGGCAAGGAGCUGCCAGCACCCCCGCUGCCGCCCUCCACCAACGGGUGCCCACACCCGGGCAAAGAGGCACUCCCUCUGCUGCCCAACAGCCGGGGCAUGGUGAUAGUGAACGGCGGACACAAGUCAGAGGAUCGCCCGGCCACCUCGACCCCGCAGCAGGAGAACCAGAGCCAGCACACAGGCCACGCCACAGACGGGCACACGGGUUCCCCCACGUGGAGCGCGGAGAACCCGGCCGACGCCUCCGAGAACACCUCCCCCGGGGCUAAGUCUUCGGCGGAGGAGUCGGCAGCAGCACCGCUGCCGCCACCACCGCCGCCGGCCGUCACCAAGGGCCUCAACGGCUCGGCCCAGAACACAGGCAGCGGCAAGUACUGCCGCCUGUGUGACAUCCAGUUCAAUAACCUGUCAAACUUUAUCACUCACAAGAAGUUCUACUGUUCGUCACACGCCGCUGAACAUGUGAAAUGAGGCCCUUGCUCUCCCUCCCUCUUUCUUUCCCUCUGACUCCACCCGUCCUUCCUUCCUUCCUUUCUUCCCUCGCUCCCUCGUUCCUCCUUCUCCUCUUUUUCCCCCCCGCAGCAUUUUCUCUUUUUUUGGGUACACUGUCGUGUCUGGAGUAGUACAUCAUGCAGUUUUAUACACUGCUUGUGGACAAUCAAGAGAAGCUUCUUCUGUCAUCAUUUUAAGACUUAAUGCAAAUCAUUGGUUAGGAAAAAAAAUGGAAAAAAAUGACAAGUGUAAUAUUGGUGCCACUUUCACCUUUAUUUAUUUUACAAUCAGUAUUAAUAGAAGUAGUGCUCUUAAUUUAAAUUCAAAAAGGAAAUUUAUAUCAGAGUUGUUUGUAAUGUUAUUGUAUAGUCAUUCUUGUGUAGCACACAUAUUGUUUACACUGUAAUGUAGGUUCAAGGAGACAAUAGUCACACAAAGUACAAAAACAAAAAAUUGCAUUUUAGACACAAAAUAGCUCUCAGAAGCACUUGUGUAUUCUUAUUUGCUGUAACGUUUUUGUAUAUGCCUAAAUGUCAUUUGCAGCUUGAUAUUCAUGACUUCUCAGCCUUAAAACACUGUUUUCGGGGGAUAACCAGGCACAGGCACCCUACAUCUCAUGUUCUGGCAUAUACACGCAGCUUUGCAUAUGUAUGUAACUGUUUGUCCCUGUCUCUUUUCUUCAACUCCGAAGUGGAUGUUUUCAUGACGAUGGCAGCAUUCUUUCUUGUAUAGUACUCGUAUUUCUGUUUGCGGAUAACAUUUUGGUCUCCCUUUUUAAAGAUGUGCUCUCAACGCAAUACUUUGUAAAUGAGGAAAAACGUUACUGAAAGCAGUAUUAUAAAAGGGGACUUGGCAGAAAUUAUUUGUUACCCACUAAAAUGAGUGAAGAAAAAAAAAACAAAGAAAAUGUAAAAGAAGUACGUUUAUUGAUGUUGACGAACAUAAUG